UGUAGCGGCUGCUGCUGCUGCCUGUAAUUUGCAAUUGCAACAGCCUCUGCUGUGCCCAGAGGGCUGCCUGAGCUGCUCUGCUGCCUCCCCCCAGGGAGAGAUCCUAGCCAAGGUGGGGCCUGUUUCUGGCUCUAACCAGGCCUAGGGAGACACAGGACGCUGCAGGGGGGACAGAAAAGAGAAAUGUCUGCACUGGAGCCAGCUCAGGUCCCGGUGACAUUUGAGGAUGUGGCUGUGUAUUUCUCUCGGGAGGAAUGGGGCCUUUUGGACGAUAUGCAGAGGACCUUCUACAGGGACAUCAUGAAGGAGAAUUACCAGACUGUGGUCUCAUUGCGAUCUUCCAUUCCCAAACCUGACGUGAUUUCCCAGAUGGAACGAGGGGAAGAGCCAUGGGUCCCAGACCUCCAGAGCUCCCAGGAAAGGGAGAUCCCGAGAGGUGUCCGAACAGCAGGGGACGAUGUCAUCGCCCAGAGGACUCCCGCAGGCGAUAGGCCGACCAUAUGCAAUGAGUGCGGGAAGAGCUUCAGAGGGAGCUCAAACCUCAUUCAGCAUCAGAGGAUCCACACGGGGGAGAGACCUUACGAAUGCACAGCCUGUGGGAAGAGCUUCCGCCAGCGCUCGCACCUCCUCCAGCACUGGAAGAUCCACACCGGGGAGAGACCUUUUGAAUGCCCCGACUGCGGGAAGAGCUUCAGCGUGAGCUCCGCCCUCAUUAGGCACCAGAAAACUCACACAGGCGAGAGACCCUACGCAUGCGCCGAGUGCGGGAAGAGCUUCAGCGUGAGCUCCGCCCUCACUAGGCACCAGCGGAUCCACACGGGGGAGCGGCCCUACGUCUGCGCCGAGUGCGGGAAGAACUUCAGUGUGAGCUCCCACCUCGUGCAGCACCAGCGCAUCCACACAGGGGAGCGGCCCUACGUCUGCGCCGAGUGUGGCCGGAGCUUCAGCCAGAGCUCCCACCUCCUCCAGCAUCAGAGAGUCCACACAGGCGAGCGGCCCUACGAAUGCACCGAGUGCGGGAAGAACUUCAGCCAGAGCUCGGACCUCAUCAAACACCAGAGAACCCACUUGGGAGAGCGACCCUACGAAUGCCCUUGCUGCUUUAAAAGCUUCACCUGGAACUCAGUGCUCGUUAAACACCAGAGAGUGCACAUGGGACAGAGACCCUAUGAGUGUGGCCGGUGCGUGGAAAGCUUCAGUCCUCAUCAUCCCUCAGAGAAACCACACACGGCACAAACCCCACUGAUGGAGCAUCAGGACACGAGCCAGCAUAAUGCACUUGCUCUUAUGAGCAAGUUGUCACGGAGUGCCGAAAUGCAAUAA